GGGGAAAAAGAGGGCAAGGAGGGGUUGGUCGUUCCUUUUCCGUCUUGAUGACCAUUUGCCGUCGCGGCCAUUGUGGCGACUCAAUCACUCGAAGCAGAUUGCGUGGCCGGACGUCCCCCCCCGCCGCUGGCACAAACAAACAAACAGGGACAUGAAAACGCACGCAAGAUUGGAUAUGCUGCUGCCAGGAUGGCGACAGAUUGGACCGCUGGCGUGAGGGGUUGGACGUUUACAACCUCCUGUUGUUUGUUUCUUCGAAACCCGUGUUUUUGUUGAAACCAUGUUCUACUGAUGAUUACUGAAAGAAGAGAGGCUCCUCUUCCUUCUGGAGGGUUUAAAGCAAGCAUGGGAGUUGCAGAGGACGCUAAAGUGAGGAGUGUGUUGGCAGCACUGACGCUUUUGGCCCUUCUGAGCCACACCAACGGCAUUGCCGAGGGCCCGGAAGCCCCCCGCCUGGACCCGGGCCCGAGGGCCGCCGGGCAGCACCGGCGCCUGAAGAGAGGCUGGAUCUGGAAGCAGCUGUUUGUCCCAGAGGAAGACCCGACUCUUCGCGUCAUCGGCCAGCUCAAAUCCGACUCUGACCACGGGGAGUAUGGCAUCCAGUACAUCCUGUCGGGGGAAGGCGCCGGCGACGCGUUCGAGAUCGACGAGUACUCUGGCGAGAUCCGGACGCUGAAGAAGCUAGACCGCGAGGAGAAGGCCUUCUACGUGCUCCAAGCGCAAGCCAUCAACAGGCGCUCGCAGGAGCCGGAGGAGCCCCAGUCGGAGUUCAUCAUCAAGGUGCAGGACAUCAACGACAACGCGCCGCAGUUCCCUGAUGAGCCGUACGUGGCCAGCGUCCCCGAGAUGUGCCCGACUGGCACCACCGUGGUCCAGGUGACGGCCACAGAUGCCGAUGAUCCCAUGUUUGGCAACAACGCCAAGCUCAUCUACUCCAUCCUGCAGGGCGAGCCCUACUUCUCUGUGGAACCAAAGACAGGGAUCAUCGUGACCUCCUGGCCCGACAUGGACCGCGAGGCCAAAGAGGAGUACCUGGUAGUAGUGCAGGUGAAGGACAUGCUGGGCCUGAGCGGCGGCUACUCAGCCUCCACCACCGUCACCGUCAGCCUGAGUGACAUCAACGACAACGGACCCAUCUUCCAGCACCAUUUAUACACCUUCGCCAUUCCCGAAGACGCGGUGGCAGGCACCACCGUGGGCACGGUCAAGGCAGAGGACGCCGACACGGGCAUCAACGCCAGGAUGACCUACAGCCUGCAGGUCGACCUGCAAGAGAACGCCACGUUCACCAUCCGGACCGACCCGCUGACCCAAGAGGGAGUCGUCCUGCUGGCCAAGCCGUUGGACUACGAGACCAAGCGACGCUAUGUGGUUGUGGCGGAGGCCAUCAACGAGGAAACGGACCUCCGCUUCCUGCCCCUGGACGAGUUCUCUGACCGGACCACGUUGAAGAUCAUGGUGCACGACGUGGACGAGCCCCCCGUCUUCCUCUCACCGUUCUACGAGUGGAAGGUGGCGGAAAAUGCGGCGGCAGGGAUUGCCGUCGGAGUGGUCAGCGCCCGGGACACCGACGCCGCCAACGACGCCGUCAGAUAUUCUUUUGACAAACGCAGCGACGCUGCGAAGGCUUUCGCGAUCGACCCACUCAACGGAACCAUUAGCAUCGCCAAGGCCCUGGACCGAGAGACGUCCGCCUGGCACAACGUGACCGUCUUCGCCAGAGAAACCACGCAGAAGCGUUUAUCUUCCUCGGUGGUGGCGUCCAUCAAGGUGCUGGACAUAAACGACAACGCGCCGCAGCUGGCCGGCCGUUACCAGCCGUAUAUCUGCGAGGGGGCGCAGGCGGGAGAGCUCAUUCAGCUGCUCAGUGCCACCGAUCUGGACGAGCCUUCGCAGGGUCAUCACUUCUAUUUCUCCAUGGUCCCCGACAAGCACAUCAAUCCCAACUUCACCAUUAGGGAUAACCAAGACAACACGGCGGGCAUCGUGGCACGCAGGAGCACUUUCACCCGUAAGGACCGGAGGCGCUACCUGCUCCCCGUGGUGGUGACGGACAGCGGCUCGCCCGCGUUGUCCAGUACGGCCACUCUGACCAUCAGCGUGUGCAGCUGCCAGCCCGCCGGGCACUGUCCCUCCGGAGGGGUGGAGGCCCUGGCCCUGUCCAUGGGGGUCAGCCUGCAGACCUUCGUCACGCUUCUGGUGUGCCUGGUCUUGGCCGCAGCCUUGUCGGUACUCGCGCUGCUGCUGUGGCGACACAAGCGCAAGCAAAAGGGGGCGCACGAGAAGGCGAGCGAGCCGGAGCUGCCCGACGCCGUGUCGCAGAAAGUGCCGCAUUACGCCGAGGCGGGCCCGACCCGAGACCCGGUCGCGACGGUCCCGCUGCGCCCUCACUCCGGGAGGCGCGAGAGGAGGCUGGCGCGGGAGGAGGUGCGGGCCAGCAUCCGCAUGUCCCUGCGAGAGUCUCGCCCGGUGGGGCCCGAGGACGACGUCUUCAGGCAGUUCAUCCUGGACCGGCUGGAGGAGGCGGACGGGGACCCCUACGCGCCGCCCUUCGACCGCCUGACGACGUACGCGUACGAGGGCUCGGGAUCCUCGGCCGGCUCGCUCAGCUCGCUGGAGUCGUGCGGUCGCGAGAAGCCGGCCGCCGUUCCCAAAUCUCACUGGGCCAGGCUGUCGCCGUGGCACGGCACCGGGGACGGCGACACUGUCUUCUGAUGGGCGAAAUACCAGGUGUGACGACAAAGAAAUGAGACUGAGGCAGCCAGGCUUCUUCACUGCCAACAUUUCAGCACUAGUUUGCUCUAAAAUGGUUGACUUCGCUCACUCUGUGCUUCUUUUCCCAGUUUUUCAGGCUUUUGCUUGGCACACUGCGGUCACACUUUGUCACAGUCUCACUCUGUGCGUCUUUUUCAGGCUUUUGUUUUUGUUCACAUCUCGCUUUGUGCUUCUUUUUCAGACUUUGGUAUUCGUCAUGCUUUUUCCUCUGCUCCUUUUUAGAGAGUUUCGUGGCGCACCCCACCGUCACGCACUCACUCUGAUUCUUUUUCAGGCUUUUGUGCAGCGCAUUGCACGCGUGUUACUCUGUGCAGCUUUUUCGGGCCUUUGUGUUUGUCACAUUCUUGCUCUUUGUCAUGCUCUUGCUCUGUGCUUCUUUUUAGGCUUUUGUUUAGCACACUGCGGUGAUACUCUGUCACGGUCUCACUGGGUCCUUCUUUUUCAGGAUUUUGUGGAGCACAUUGCUGUCACAUUCUCACGCUAUACUUCAUUUUCAGACUUUUGUCUUGCACACUUUGCCACGGUCUUGCUCAGUGCUUCUUUUUUAGGCUUUUGCGUUGUACUCGACUGUCCCACGUUUUCCUGGGGUCACUCUGUGCUUCUUUUUCAGGCUUUUCUCCAAAGCACUGCUAUGAAUUUUUUCAACGCUCUCGUUCUGUUCGCCUUUGUCUGACAUUUUUGUAGCACGCUGCCAUCAAGCUUCAUGAUGUUGACGCUCUGUGCUUCUUUUUCAGGCUUUAACUAAGAUGCCGUUUUCAUGCUUUUGUAAGCGACUCAUUGCUUUUUCCGCUGUCACGCUUGGAGAAGUUUAAUACACUCAUCUUUGUGUGCUACGCAAAAGCCUGAAAAGGAAGCACAAAGCGAGACGAGUGAACAACCCUGCUACCUCGAGCAUCUUAGAGCGAAGCUCGCUUUCCCAAUCUUUUCCACUAUCCCUCCUUUGUUUCACACUUUAAGUAGAACUUAAACAAAGCUUUACCCAAAAAAGUAUUUCAAUUAAUUUAUGUAAAAAUUUAACCCAAAGAACAUUUUUUCAUAUACUAUUGAGCACACAAAAACGUGCCAUCAUUGUGCUUUCGGUUUAUGCUUUAAUAAGUUGCAUAUUACCUUUUUGCGACUGCAUUGUUCUUCCCGUGUAACGGACCUUCAUAAAAUAUUACUGACCUGUAAAUUUUCAUUACAUGAUGCAAUUUGCAAUAGAAUAUUAUAUACGGCAGGUGUGAAUGCUGGUUGCAAUUCGCUUUUGAGUGAGUUUGUGCAGCAAUGUAUUUUUCAAAAUAAAUAUCAUAUCUCCUGAAUGGCUUAAGCAUGCGCCUGUGAUAAAUAUGCGUCGGGCAGCAUUAUAUUAAGCCUGCCAGUGAGGCAGCAUUGGGAUGAGCGGUGACAGCCAAUCAGCAGCGCGUUUUACAGGAGCAAAAGUUCCUCAUUUGAAAUGUAUAAAAACAAAAAAAGUGUGCAUAAUGAUGAGCGUUUGCAGCGUGGGUGUCAGCCCGCGGGGUAAUUGCACGGCGAUAGCGUCCCCGCCCCCUUCUCGCUCGCUAAUUGGGCUGAAGGUCGGGCGCCGUCGAGUUCUGCCCGACGAAGUGAAAUGCGAAGAAAGAUGUCGAUCUUGUUCCCU